AUGGGGUCUUGUCAAAUUUGUAAUGGAUUAUAGGCAAAAGAGAUUAAAGAACAAUUGAAACCAGAAAUAUACAAAAAAGAACUAACACUUAGAUAAGUGUCUUUAAUUCAGGCAAGAUUUAGAGGAAUCUUAACAAGAAAGAGAGUUAUAAUUCACAAAUAAAAGGAAAAUAAUAACUAACAAUAAUAAAAUUCUUUGACUGAAGACUUAAUUUGUUAUGAAUAGGUUUAACAAACAAUUACAGAAAGAUCUACUGUUGCUUAGUAAUAAGAAGAGCAUGUAGCUAUUUCAAUGUCACCAAAAAUAAAGAAUAGCUACAAGUGGCAUAAUGGAUCAAAGACUGGGUUUGGUAGAAUGGUGAUGGAGGACGGGUAUUAGAAUAAAAUAAUCAUAGUUGUUACUUGGAAGGCACGGUAUAGAAUUAUAUUUAAAAUAAGUGGUUGGAUGGGUAUUUGAAUGGAGAAGGACUUUACAGUGCACCUGAUGGUACAUAUUAUAGAGGAGAAUGGAAAAAUAGUUAUAUGAAUGGUUAAGGAAUCUAUUUUAAUUCAACUAAAAACAUCACAUAUGAAGGUAAAAUAACUUAUUAUACAAAACUAGGAAGAUGGGAAAAUAAUUUACAACAUGGUGAAGGGACUGAAACUUAUGCAGAUAAAUCAAUUUACACCGGUACUUUCAAAAAAGGUUUAAAGGAUGGGUAUGGAAAAUUCUAUUUUAAUGAUGGGUCUUACUAUGAAGGACAAUUUUAUUAAGACAAGUUUCAUGGUUAAGGAAAAUUUGUAUUCAAAUUUUAAUAAUUAUAAGGUUUGGGAUUACGGUUAAAAGGUUUAUAAUGGAGAAUGGUUUAAAGGGAAAAAGCAUGGUUUUGGUUAUUUGGAAAUAAAAGGAAAAUACUCAUAUGAAGGUCAAUACAAAGAUGGGUUAAAAAAUGGAAUUGGUAUAUUGAUUUGGAAUGAUGGUAGAAAAUACAAUGGUGAAUGGAAAGAGGGAUAAUAACAUGGAAAUGGAACAUUUUAAAAUUAAAAAGGAGAAACUUUCAGUGGUGCUUGGAAGUUUGGAUUAAUCUAAAAACAUUGA